CUUUACCUGAGUUCAGCGGAACUCAUUUUGAUUACCGGGGUUUUCGAGGGAGGAUUUAAGAAACGGUUCACUUCCGGUGCCACCGGAAGUGGCUUGAAGAUGGCGUCCUCCUCGCUCAACGGGGUGGGCAGAGCGUCUGGGAAAAGCGAAUUUCGUAACCAGAAGCCGAAGCUAGAGAACAGAGAUGAAUCAGAACUCCUUACUGUUCCUGAUGGUUGGAAGGAACCAGCUUUUUCCAAAGAGGACAAUCCCAGAGGACUUUUGGAAGAGAGCAGUUUUGCCACUUUGUUCCCAAAAUAUAGAGAGGCUUAUUUGAAAGAGUGCUGGCCACUGGUACAGAAAGCCUUGAAUGAACAUCAUGUCAGUGCAACACUGGACUUGAUUGAGGGCAGCAUGACUGUUUGUACCACAAAGAAGACUUUUGAUCCAUAUAUCAUCAUUAGGGCCAGAGAUCUGAUAAAACUAUUAGCAAGGAGUGUUUCAUUUGAACAGGCAAUACGAAUUCUUCAGGAUGAUGUAGCAUGUGACAUCAUUAAAAUAGGUUCAUUAGUGAGGAAUAAGGAAAGAUUUGUUAAAAGAAGACAACGGCUUAUUGGUCCUAAAGGGUCUACACUGAAGGCAUUGGAACUCUUAACAAACUGUUACAUCAUGGUUCAGGGAAAUACAGUGUCAGCCAUUGGACCUUUCAGUGGCUUAAAAGAGGUUCGAAAAGUAGUCCUAGAUACGAUGAAGAAUAUUCAUCCAAUUUAUAACAUUAAAACCUUAAUGAUUAAACGAGAGUUGGCAAAAGAUUCUGAAUUAAGAUCACAAAGUUGGGAAAGAUUCUUGCCACAGUUCAAACACAAAAAUGUGAAUAAACGGAAGGAAGCAAAGAAAAAGACUGUUAAGAAAGAGUAUACACCUUUCCCACCACCACAGCCGGAAAGUCAGAUUGAUAAGGAAUUGGCUAGUGGCGAAUACUUCUUGAAGGCAAGUCAAAAGAAACGACAGAAAAUGGAAGCAAUAAAGGCAAAACAAGCUGAAGCUCUCAGUAAAAGACAGGAGGAAAGAAACAAAGCUUUUAUUCCACCUAAAGAAAAACCAGUUGUGAAACCGAAGGAAGCUUCUUGUGAAACUAAAAUUGAUGUGGCUGUCAUCAAAGAAAAGGUUAAGAAAGCAAGGAAUAAGAAACUGGGAGCUCUUACAACUGAAGAAAUUAAGCUUAAAAUGGAAGUAGAUGAAAAGAAAAAGAAGAAAAAAAAGUAACAUGCCAAAAGAACCAAACUGUAAACUAGAAUUUACUAAGCUGUCUCCUUUUGUAAAGGAUUUUGAUGUUAGGCCAUUUAUUGCCUUAUCUAUGAGAAGUAAUAUGCUAGUCACCUUUUUUCCUGAGUAUUUUUGUUUUAAAUAAUUGUUUAUAUAAGCAGCUGUUCUUUAUAAAGUAUCCUCAGUGCUUUUUGAAAAUUUUAUACUUGAAAGUGGUAUAUGUGUCUUUGUAUAUAUCACACCUUGCCUGUUCUGGCGUAAGCAUGAUUUUAGGAGUGAUUCUCUUUAGCUUAUGUAUCUAAAGACUUUUGGAGAUGUGGCUAUUGUUAUUCAUCAAGUUCAAUGUUUGACAUCAAUGGUUCCAGCAUCUGGUUUUAAGGAAAAUAUUUUUCAGUGCUUUCUCUUCCUCUCUAAUGACAAGCAAAUGUUUAAGCUUAUUACUUUUUGUAAUCUCAUUUUAGAUUUUGUAAAGAUUAACUUAUAAGCAAAACAAACCCCAAAACAAGACCUCUAAAUCAUAUCCUUGAUCACUAGAGUCUGAGAAAGUAGUAAACCAGAAAAAUUUCAAAUUGCGAGAGCAAGGGAAAUCAGUGUAGAGGUGAGGUAGUAGGCACAAAGUCAGGUAGAAGUGCUUUGCCAUAGGGGGGGCCCCCAGUGGCGCAGCGGCAGAGCGCUGGGCUGUGAAGCUGCCCCCCAGCCCCAGUCAGCGCCGGUUCGAUCCCCGGCCACCGGGCCAGGAUGCCGGCAGAAGCGCCCUGCCUCAAGCGUUUUGCCAUUGUUGCCAUUGGGGGCCUCCCUGGUGGCACAGCAGCUGAGCGCCGGGCUGUGAAGCAGGUCAGCCCCAGCAGCGCCGGCUCGAUCCCCGGCCACCGGGCUAGGUUCACAUGGUGCACAGACCCCCUCCGCCGCCCACUG